CACCAAUGGAACGGUCAUCAACAAAUCUAAAGUAGUGAAGAAACAGACCUAUCCGUUGCAAAAUGGCGAUGCCAUUUACGUUGUCUACAGAAAGAAUGAGCCAGAUCAGAAUGUUGCCUAUUUGUACAAAGCACUGAACUCCGAAGAGGAAAACAUGGAAGAAUCAACGGGAUCCUCUUGCAGUAUGGUUGAGCAGGUUAUUAAAGAAACCUCAAGCUUGGGCAGCAACAACGACCAAGCAGCAGUCAUUCCCCCACUUUGUUCAAAACAAGUUGAACACCCUUCCCGAGAGGAACCACAGCCAUGCACAUCUUACUACGAUCCAUUCUGUACCUCUGGAGCAAACUCCGACACUGAUCAGCCUAUUGCUUCCAUUGUGGAGCCAUGCACUUCCUCAACAGGACCUGUGCCCACUACUGCUAGAUCUUCAAUGUUUGCACAUGGACCUAAUUGUUUACCAACGUUUUGGACUUCAUGUUCAAAGCUGCCUAAUCCUGCUUUAUCACCUUCAAGGAUUCAAGUGAAUAUGGAAAGCACAUCAGGACCUGAAGCCCCAAAGUCAUCUGAUCCAGGUGCUUUGGAAAAAGAAGAAGACCUGGAACCAACCAAAAAGAAACACAAAAUGGAGACUUGCAGAGUUCCAGAUCCAUUGCUACUCAAUGAGGGUCAAAGUUCAAACAUUACAAAUGAGGAUCAAGUGACCCCCGAAGGAAAGCAGCCAGAUAAAAUGGAGGAAACACUCACCUGUAUCAUCUGUCAAGACUUGUUGCAUGAUUGUGUCAGCCUUCAACCAUGUAUGCAUUCAUUCUGUGCGGCAUGUUACUCAGGCUGGAUGGAGCGUUCGUCACUUUGCCCAACUUGCCGUUGUCCUGUUGAACGCAUCAGCAAGAACCACAUGGUGAAUAAUCUGGUGGAGGCUUACCUAUUGCAACAUCCAGAGAAGUGUCGUAGUGGAGAUGAACUGCAAAGCAUGGAUGCCAGAAAUAAAAUCACACAUGACAUGUUACAACCUAAGAUUAAGCGGUCAUUCUCUGAUGAAGAGGUCAGCUCCGAGGAUUUUCUGGAACUGUCUGAUGUUGAUAGUGAAUCUUCUGAUUUUAGUCAGCCACAUAUUCUCUGCAGGCAGUGUCCUGGAUACCGGUCUGAUAGCAAUCAGUCUACUUUCUUGCCAGGUUUCAGAAUGACUACUGAUGCCCCAUCAACUUCCACCAGCAUCCCUGUUGCUGUCCAGGAGUACACCUGCCCUGCUCGAGGUCUUCACUUGAUUUGCACUUGCUGUUUUCAGCCUAUGCCUGACCGGAGAGCAGAGCAUGAACAGAAUCUGACAAUUACACCUCAGCAAUGCACGAUUUGUUUGCGGCCCUUCUGCCACAUGUACUGGGGCUGCACUCGAGUGGGAUGCUCUGGCUGCUUGGCAAGAUUUUGUGAUGUAAAUUUUGGAGAGAAAUGUUUGGAUGGAAUAAUAAACAACAACAGCUAUGAAUCAGAUAUCCUGAAGAAUUACCUUUCAUCUAGGGGUCUUACUUGGAAAGAGAUGCUGCAAGAAUGUCUUUUAGCUCUUCAGAGAGGAAAGUUUGUUCUUACAGGUAUGUGCAAUUAUAACUGAAAUAUUAAUGGGAUAUUGUAAAAACAAAUCUUUAAAGAAAGACUUGAAUUUUGGUGGCAUCUUUCAUGACCCCAGGAAAUCCCAGAAUGCAAAUACUUUGCAGGAAAUGAAAUGCUUAAAAUGUAGCCACUGUUAUAAUUUAGGAAAUAGAACAGCCAAUUUUCAUGUGGUGAGAUCCAACAAAAAGAAGUAAUGGCAUAAUGACCAGGUAAUCUAUU